AUGACGUCGGGGACGAGACAACCAACGUGGAAGGAGAGAGAGAAUAACAAGAGGAGAGAGAGAAGAAGAAGAGCCAUAGCUGCGAAGAUCUUCUCCGGUUUGAGAAUGUAUGGUAACUACAAGCUUCCCAAACACUGCGACAACAAUGAAGUUCUCAAAGCUCUCUGCAAUGAAGCCGGUUGGAUCGUUGAACCGGAUGGCACAACGUAUCGUAAGGGAUGCAAGCCUAUGGAGCGCAUGGAUGUGGUAGGUGGUUCUGCAAUGGGAAGUCCGUGUUCAUCUUAUCAUCCAAGUCCCUGUGCCUCUUACAACCCAAGCCCUGGUUCUUCUUCCUUCCCUAGUCCGCGCUCAUCCUCCCAUGCUGUAAAUCCUAAUGGGGACGCCAAUUCCCUAAUUCCAUGGCUCAAAAACCUCUCAUCUGGAUCAUCAUCAGCAUCCUCUUCCAAGCUUCCGCAGCUAUAUGUUCAUACCGGUUCCAUCAGUGCUCCUGUCACUCCUCCACUUAGCUCUCCAACUGCCCGAUCAUCUCAGACGAAAGCUGACAUCUGGGAGGAUCAGUCCACUCGUCCUGGUUGGAGCGGGCAGCAGUACUCCUUCCUGCCUUCCUCCACUCCUCCAAGCCCAGGUCGCCAAGUUCUCGACCCAGAUUGGUUUGCUGGGAUUAGGAUGCCCCAGGGUGGGCCAACUUCUCCUACAUUUAGCCUAGUGGCUUCUAACCCAUUUGGCUUUAGGGAAGAAGUUUUCUGUGGCAGUGAUUCCCGUAUGUGGACACCUGGACAAAGUGGGACAUGUUCUCCAGCUAUAGCUGCAGGCUCUGAUCAUACUGCUGACAUACCAAUGACUGAAGCUGUUUCAGACGAAUUUGCCUUCGGAAGCAGUGCAGCGGGUUUGGUGAAGCCUUGGGAAGGAGAGAGGAUCCAUGAAGAUUCGGGAUCAGAUGAUUUAGAGCUCACUCUUGGUAGCUCAAAGACCAGGUAA